ACCCCUUGUAAUUAAACUAUUUACGAUCGAUAAAACUACUAAAUUCAAUAUUUUCAAAAUCUAGCCUCUCAUUGUUUCUUCUCUUUCCAUAUCCUAAACUCCAAUCAUUUAAACUUCAGUUAAGCUAAUUUUUAAGUUUUUAUUCCCAGUUUAAAUGGCUGCUAAACGGCUUGCUCCUGAUAUCGAAACCGAUGCUAAACUUCAUACCGAAAAAAGGCUGAAAUCCAUGCCUUCUUUUGCAUCUGUGAUUGGAGAAGUAAUGAUGGCGAGGUCUUUCCAAUCUUUCGUCACUUCAUUUGAGCCUAUGCUUAGGCGUGUGGUGAAUGAAGAAGUGGAACGAGGAAUCCAAAGAACAAUGCGCAACAUGAGUAGGUCUCCUUCACUACGAAUCCAAGCUCCACAACCAGCAUACAUGAAAUUAAUGUUUGCAAACAAUAAUUUGCCAACAAUAUUUACAUGCAACAAAAUAUCAGACAUCAAUGGAGAACCACUAAAACUUCAACUAGUAGAACAAAUAGGCGAACAAAUCACACAAAAGAAACUACCACACCAUGUGAAGGUUGAAAUAGUAGUCAUCGAUGGUGAUUUUCCGUCGACGGACCGUGAAAUAUGGACCGUGGAUGAGUUUGAUAAGAGUAUCAUCAAACCAAGAUCAGGAAGACGACCACUCAUUGCAAAAGAUGUCAACUACACUAUUAAGAAUGGGGGUGACGGUGUAACGGUAGCCGAACUCGAGUUUACCGAUAACUCUAGCUGGAUUCGGAGCCGGAGAUUCAAACUUGGUGCUAGAGUCAUUGGUGGUAUCUCAAAUGGUGAUAGAAUACUUGAAGCUUUAACUCACCCUUUCAUUGUCAAAGACCAACGUGGUGAAGUAUACAGGAAACAUUAUCCACCAACGCUUGAAGAUGAAGUAUGGCGCCUAGAGAAGAUUGGAAAAGAUGGAAAAUUCCACAAAAGACUUGCGCAAGCUGGUAUUCAAACUGUCCAAGGUUUCUUAAAAUUGUCUGCUAUCGACCCUACUAAGCUCAAGAAGAUACUAGGUGGGAAAAAAGGCGGAAUGACGGACAAAAUGUGGGAGUCGAUAUUGAAGCAUGCAAAAACGUGCAACAUUGGCAACAAACAAUACAUAUGUCAUGGAUCAAACUAUGCAAUAACUUUGGAUGCUACUUGUAAUAUUGUUAGUAUCAACAUUGAUGGAGAUUUAUACUCCACUCCAGAUUUCAUAUCUCGUAUUAAGAAUGAGACAAUUGAUGAGUUGGUGAAGAACGCGUAUGAAAAUUGGGAUUCCUUGCAAGAAUUGGACAUACCAGUCAAUCAGUCUUCUUUGCAACUAUUUCAAGGUAAUAAUGUGGCAGAGUGCAGCAAUACUCAGGAAUGUGUUAUGCCAUACGAUAUAGUAGUUGGUGGACUUAAUGAAAUAGAGGGUGGUGAUAUGAUCAUCAACGGCAUGGAAUUUGGAAAUUGGAAUAUGCUCUGAAGGGUUCAUUAUAUAGCAACUUGUAAAUAAUUUAUUCAAUUUGUAGUUUGUACAUAAAUAAACUUCACUUCUUUUAAUUUAUUGUAUUAUAGGAUACCCUCCCCUCGAGUGGAGUACUCUUUACUCUUUAGUCGUCUCUAGUAUUAACGAGAUUUCAAAUUUCAGCUUGAACAUCUUUGUAUAUUUAAUUGAUUAUUGUAAUUAAGUGUAGCAUUCCUUAUAUAUUAUUAAUGAAAUUUUUAGCUUUUCGUCGUUAAGAAA